AUGUGGCGAGACCGCACGAAUCUGUACAUUUCCUAUCGGCAAUCGUACGCGCACCAUCCAACGAAACGGACCAAAUACGGCGGUGCAGCCGGUGGGAACAGCUUUGGCGAAGCCUUUGGAGGAAGCAGCAGCUAUGCCAGCGGAAACGAUGACACACGCGGCCUCCUCUCGGCUGGUGCCUUUGAAGAUGAUGGGGACGCCGUUAUAGAGAUGGACCUCUUACCCCCUCGCUGGGCCGACAUAUCCGAUGAGAUUUCCGACCUACUCGCCGAUAUAGCCACCAAGAGCCAAGCGCUUGAACGCCUUCAUCAAAAACAUGUACUGCCCGGUUUCAACGACGAGGACACCAAGAAGGCCGAGGAGAGAGAGAUUGAGUCGCUCACGCAGCAAAUCACUAAAGGGUUCCACGACUGCCAUCGCUGCAUCCAGCGAGUCGAGCAGAUGGUCAGGGAGUCCAAACAGUCGGGAUCCAUCACCAAUGCCGAGGAAACGAUGGCAAAGAACAUACAAAUAUCGCUGGCAUCACGGGUACAAGAAGCCAGCGCGCUUUUCAGAAAGAAGCAGAGCGCAUACUUGAAGAAACUUCGCGGGAUGAGCGGCCUCAGCGGUGGCGGCAUAGCUACAGGAGAUAGGGGAUCAACCCCGCAACCCUCGAGCUCAUACAUGGACCCCUCAAUGCUUGAGUCUGACGCCGAUAGGUCCUUCUCUCAGUCAACUCUUCAAGCAACACAGCAGAAGCUUCUCCAAUCGAACGAUGCAGCAAUCAUUCAGCGCGAACGUGAGAUUGAGGACAUUGCGCAGGGCAUCAUUGAGUUGGCCGACAUUUUCCGCGACUUGCAGAACAUGGUCAUUGACCAAGGUACUAUGCUCGACAGGAUAGACUACAACGUCGAACGGAUGGCUACCGACGUGAAAGGGGCUGAGAAAGAGCUUGUUGUUGCCGCAGGAUACCAGAAAAAGACGACAAAGCGCAAGAUCAUACUCCUUCUUCUCAUUAUCAUUGCGGGUUUGAUCAUAUUACUAGUGAUUAAGCCAAAGAAGCACGGUGGCAAUGAGUAG